AUGAAGCUUUCAAGCAUUGCAAUGUUAUUAGUGCUAGUUUCAACCCUUUUGUUCUCAAUUCCAUUUGCAACUUCAGACUUGGCUACGGACGCAUUUGUUCAAUGCCUCAAAAAACAAGUUGGUAAGUCUAUAAAACCAAUCUCGGAAGCCAUUUACAUCCCUGAAAACUCUAAAUUCUCGAAUAUUUUCUAUGCAUAUUUUAGAAAUAAGAGACUAAAUACAACCAAAGCCCAAUAUCCGGUGGCCAUCGUAGCAGCCAUUCAUGAAUCCCAUGUCCAAGCAGCUGUCAUUUGUACCAAGAAUCAUAACUAUCAUCUUAGAAUCCGAAGUGGAGGUCAUGACUAUGAAGGCCUUUCUUACGUAUCAAAUGAACCAUUUGUUCUCCUUGACAUGUCCGAUUUUCGAUCCAUCAACAUUGAUGUCGCAACAGAAACUGCAUGGGUACAGUCAGGGGCUAGUCUCGGUGAACUAUAUCUCAACAUUUCCCAAAAAAGUAAGACUCAUGCUUUUCCAGGCGGUGUCUGCCCUUCUGUUGGAGUUGGUGGGCAUUUCAUCGGGGCUGGGUAUGGAAACUUGAUGAGAAAGUAUGGCUUAUCUGUGGAUAACAUUAUUGAUGCACAACUAGUUGAUGUUAAUGGAAAAAUCCUCAAUAGAAAAUCCAUGGGAGAAGAUCAUUUCUGGGCUAUUAGAGGUGGUGGAGCUAGCUUUGGAGUCAUUCUUUCUUGGAAAAUUAAAUUGGUGUCAGUUCCUGAAAUUGUUACUUUUUUUCUGGUGAAAAAGCUCAUAAAGCAAGGUGCAACAAGAAGUAUAACAGACCUUGUCUAUCGGUGGCAACAAGUUGCAGACACACUACCAGAAGACAUUUUCAUAAGACUUGAAAUGAGUGUUGAGAAGAAUGAGAGCAUUCAAUUUCAAUUCUUUGGUCAAUACCUAGGGCAAUCACAUACACUUCUUUCAAUAAUGAAUCAGCAAUUUCCCGAAUUGGGUUUGCAACAAAAGGAUUGUAUCAAGUCAAGUUGGAUUGAAACCACUCUUUACUGGGAUAAUAAACCAAAGGGAAUUUCCUUGGAUAGCCUACUCUAUAGGAUGUUAAAUGAAUCAUUCCCCUUUAAGGUGAAAUCGGACUAUGUGAUAACACCUAUUCCAAAGGCAGUUUUGGAAGAAUUGUGGAAGAAGAUGAUCAAAAUGGGUAUGGGAAUGAUAAUGCAGUGGAACCCAUAUGGAGGAAGAAUGAAUCAGAUUUCUGAAUCCGAAACCCCAUUUCCUCAUAGAUCAGGAUACAAAUUUCUAAUCCAGUACUGGUACUACACUCAAGAUGACAGUAAGGUAGAGUCAUUGCGAAAACUCUAUGAUUUCUUGGCACCACAUGUCUCGCAAUCGCCACGCGAGGCUUUCCUCAACUAUAGAGAUCUUGACAUUGGCACUAAUCAAAAUGGUGCAAAUUCAAGCAUUUUUGGAGCUAAAUAUUUCAAGGGCAAUUUUGAAAGAUUGGUGCGUGUGAAGACAAAAGUUGAUCCUGAUAAUUUCUUCAGAAAUGAGCAAAGCAUUCCGCCUCUUCCAAAAUAG